AAACAAAUGAAAUCACUAUUGCUACUUUUCACACUCUUGGCAACUGCAAUUCUCAUUGCUGGCCACAAAGUCACAGAAAAGACAAUCAUCAGCUCUGAAAAGAUAGGUUACGGUGUGUUGAAGGGUCCAGAAUCUAUUGUGUGGGAUCCAGUCCAUGCUGAUGUAUUAUAUACUGGUAUUAAUGAUGGUAGUAUCAUGAGAGUAAAUGUCACGUCAGGUGUCAGUACUGUUUACGCUUAUUCUGUCCCAGCUUUGAAUGCCACACAAAGAGCUGUCUGUGGUACAAGCGUGUUAUAUGAAGGUACCUGUGGUAGAGUUUUGGGAAUGGUAUUUGAUAAGAAUAACAAUUUAAUUGUCGCUGAUGCUUACAAGGGAUUGUUGAGAAUUUCCAGAGCUAAUCCAAGUCAAGUUGAAGUUUUGGUCAAUUCAUACAAUGGAGUCCCAUUCAAGAUGACAAACUCAGUUGUCUUGUUGAAGGAUGGUAAGACUGUCUAUUUCACUGAUUCUUCCCUUCUCUAUUCAAGACUUUACUUUGUGUCCAUCGUUGUGGCCAACAAUCCAGAUGGAAGAUUAUUCAAAUUCGAUUUGGAAACCAAGCAAUUGCAAGUUGUCAUUUCUGAUUUGAAAUUUGCCAAUGGUAUUGCUGUUUCCAAAGAUGAAUCCUUCCUCGUUAUCAAUGAAUGUUCAUCUGGCUCAUUAAGAAGAUUCUACUUAAAGGGAAGAAAGGCCGGAACUAAUGAUGUUUUCGUUCAAGAUAUUGGUGGAUAUGCUGAUAAUAUCAAGACUGAUGAUGAUGGCAAUUUCCUAGUUGGUUUAUUCUCAAAUACCACUCAAGAAGUUACUGCCAUUCAUGAUUCUGCCAAGUUGAAGAAUAUUUUCCUGACCAUUGUGCCAGCAACUACCACUUUGGGAAUGAUUGUUCCACAAGGAUUGGUUAAGAAGGUCAAUCAAAAGGGAAAGAUUACAACUGUUUAUUCUGAUAAGACUGCUACUUUUGCUUUGCAAGUUUCUGAAGCUGAUGUCAGAGGUGGAUAUUUGUAUUUGUGUUCAGUUUUGAACCCUUGGUUGACCAGAGUUAACUUGUCAACUGGUUUGCAAUAAGUGUAUUAUAUUGAAUGUGUUGAUAUUUUCACAUUUGUAAAUAAAAUUGUAAAUUAAAGUUUCA